GUACGAAGUAAACAUUGUCUGCUUUUCCGUGACAGCAGUCUGACAGCCAGUUUUAACGGUUGAUUUCACGUUAUUCGGGAUUUUAGUAAAAUGUCGAUGCACUCGGUCGACAUUAGUUUAGAUAAUGUUGGUUCUAGAGAAACCUUUGAACAUUCAGUUAUCUUUUUGAAAGGGAUAGUAACUUGCCAGGAAAAUUGUUGUAAAGCCUUGUUGAAUAGUAAAAUCUCCGUUUCAAUAGCAAGUGAGGUGUUUGAGUUUAACGUCCAAGAAGGUCGAUUCAAGUGCAUUAUCGAAUUGAAAUUAGGCCUCAAUUUUCUCCAUAUUAUUUAUGAUAAUGAUCUACAUUUAGGGCAGUGUAGUUUAACUCUGGAAAGGAAGUCAAGUCUAUGUGAUAAAGUUUUAAAGCUUCUCUAUAUUGUGCCCAGGGGAGAGUUGGGAGAAUUUCAAUCUGUCAAACCAUGUUCAAAUUCAGCAGAGUCAGCUUGCAAAAGAAUUCUAACAGGUGUUAAACUAUUGCAAUGUUUGGUCACUGAAAGGCUCUAUGAGUUAGGUCUAGGAAGGAAGACAUUUAGUAUCUCUACACAAGACGAGAAGGAAGUCUGUGAGGUGUUUUAUAGUCAACACAGCAAGGAAGAAUUUUUCUCCUGCACAAGCGAGGGUAUUUGGAGCAUGACUGCAAGGGAACUCUUAGGUAAAGGAAUAUUUGCUCAAGGGGUCAAAGUUUUAGCAUUCCUUAGUUGCACCGAGUAUUUCAGGGAAUCAAAUGAAAUCAAAGGUUAUGUCGCCUGCGGAAGGGGGCAUUUGGCAAUGGUUGGCUCAUCAGGCUUACACAGCUGGGCUCCUGAUGUAAGCAGUGUAGUAUCUUGUCUAACAAGACCCAUUCCUAUAGACUCAUCCCUUUUGGAUGACAGUGGUUUCAGGGGAACUUUAGGGGGCUGUUAUGCAACGACACUAGGAGCAGCUCUGCACGAAAUGGGACAUGUGUUUGAUCUAGUCCACUCAGAUUUUGGAGUUAUGGCUAGAGGGUUUGAAGAGCUCGAUCUCUUCUUUACCGUUGGAAAUCCUCAACCCAGGCGUCAACAAAAAGUUGAAACGACGGGGAGAACCUGCUGUGGUGGCCAAGAAAUUUCCGUUCGUGCUCGACCUCCAACAAAAGUCACGUCCGUCAGUUUUGGGUUUCGGUCAAUGGGGAACGAUAAGGAAUAUAAAGAAUGGGAUCGAGACGGAAAAGCCUACUUCCACCGAUCGGCUGCUGUUUUGCUCUCCGGCCAUCCUUGGUUCAGAGAAUGUCGUCAGCUGGAAGACAAGGGCCCUGUCCAAAUCAUUGGACUAGAAGUAAAGGUUCCAAAUGGACUUCGCCUCAUCGAGCUUCACACAGAGGACGAUCGCCUCGUCAAAUACUGGGAUUUUACCAAAAAUCCAACCAAAAUUCAUCGCUAUUGUUUAAGCUUGUUUGACGUGAAAGAUGUCAUUCAGCCUUCUGUGCUGAUACAGGACGUCACAGGCAAGAUUGUAACUCACAAACUGAAUCUCAAUGCGUCCUUGAUCCCCCCUCAGUCAAUUUGAUUUAUGAGUCGUGGGGUUAUCUAGUCGUCCGUGGGUCGAUUUCAUUAUUUAUCAUUCUUCCCUUUUGGAGCUUCCAAUUGUUUUUAUCGCUUCAACUUUAUUGACUUUUUGCUAUGCAUGUUAUACAAUUUCAAAGUAUUUAUUAGUGGAAGUUUUACUAUUUAAAAUAUAAAUUGGCUAAGACUUA